AUGUCUGUUGAUAAAGAGACUGUUCCAACCAGAAGUACGAAAGUGGACCCAGCGCCACCUCUGCCACCCCAGAAACUCUCAGAAUGCACUGGAAGCUGCAACAAUACCACCAAAGUGCCAGAGGUCACCCUGGCCAACCCAGACAGCACUGAUGAUGCUGCUACCUGUCCCAUGCCAGACAGUGGGGCCCAAACCAAGCACAGCAGGUUGGCUGACCCCAACGACCAGACAGAGAGUGUUGGACAGGAGGCCAUGGUGACUGAGCAGCACCUUAACCCAAAAAAUGGCUUGCAGCAGCCCAAACAAAACCAGCAGCAGCAGAAACUCUCAAAGCGUCGCAGCACAAUGAAUGCAGGGUUCAAGCAUCCAGCAGGUAAGAGACGACGACGGGCCAACUCUGAGAGUGACUCGGUUCUGCCCACCAACUUCCUGCUGGGAGGAAACAUCUUUGACCCGCUGAACCUCAACAGUCUGUUGGACGAGGACGUGAACAGGGCCCUGAACGCUGAGACACCCAGGUCCUCCCCCCUGCCUGCCAAGAACCGUGACCCUGUAGAGAUCCUCAUUCCCAGGGACAUCACUGACCCUCUCAACCUUAACAGCGGGAUGGGAGGCAAGGGCCUCCUUGUGUCGACUUUUAAGAGUGGCGGCAGGAGGAGGCACCGCAACAGACACCACGGAGGAGGAGGUGGGGGGUCCUCAGUCUCUGGGUUGGACCUGUCAGAUUCAGAAAGAAGUGGUGAAGUGACCAACACCACUGCUUCUUCUCUGUCUAACCUGGCAUCUGCUAGCGCUGCGUCUGCCUCUGUUUUAGAAGCACACAGUGUCCCAGCCAUCUUGGACUCCCAGGGUGGUGAUGGUAAAGAGAUCAACCCCUCCAACUGCAGGGAUGAGGCCACGCUCACUGUAUCAGCCCCCCAGGCCCAGCCUCGAGCCCCAGAAGACUCCUCAGCAGCCACGUCCGGAGGCCCAAACCAGCUCACUAGCCGGCCACGCAAACGCAGACGCAACUCUGGUAAAACCGAGCCUCAUAUGGCCCAAUCUACUCCUAUGGCCAAGUCAGGGACAGAGGAGAAGGGCCGUGGAGCUGGGCCCGGGAGAAACGCACAGUCCUCCUUCCAAACCCCAGUUGGUAGGUCCCAGGGGGUCCUCCCAGCUACCAGGGGGUCGGCAACAGCAUCCCCACAACCAGCACAAACGACAACAGCACCAGGGCAACAAAAAGAAGUUCCAGUAUGGGAACUACAACAAGUACUAUGGUUACCGCAACCCAGGCUGUUCUGAGGACCCGCGGUUCCAUUGUCUGCGUCCGGAGUGGUUCCAGGGUAAGGCAGUGCUGGACCUGGGCUGCAACACGGGCCACCUGACUCUGUGUAUUGCUAAGAAGUUGCGGCCCGCACGCAUAUUGGGGUUGGACAUUGACGGGGGUCUGGUGCACGCGGCCCGCCAGAACAUCAGACACUACCUGUCAGAGCUGCAGGCCCAGGAGGCCCGGCGAACCACAGGGGAGGAGGAGGAGACCAAUGGGCCGGAAGAAGAGAAGGAGGAGAAGGCAAACAGACAGGAGGAGAGGAAGGAAGACGAGUCACACUCAGGCAAACAAACACACAAACGGGACAAACUGAAUGAAAGAGAGCACAGCAGGGCUGAGAAUGGAAAAGUUGAAAAGCAGGUGAGAAGAGACGGCGUCCCAGCGGAGGCAGCGGAUGGUGUGGUGUUGACACGUCACGCAGAGAGAAGAGCUCAGGAGAGUGGGACUGAGGAGAAGGACUCUGGAGCCCCUGCUGUUGAACUGGUGACCAGCUCUUUCCCUGUCUCCUUACAUAUCUCCAGGGGGCCCAUAGCAGCACCCCCACUCCCCGAAACACCCACCAUACCUCCUGGCAACUUCCCCUCCAAUGUCUCUUUUAUCAAGGUAAGCUUCCUUUUUCUUUCUAUUUGAAUAAUCAUUAUUCAUUGUAUUAAGGACGUAAUGAAUAAUACUGUGUUGCCUCUACUUCUGCUUGACUCUCAGAGAGAAAUAUCACACAUUGUUCAGAACUCAUCCCCUCGCCUCUCUCUCCUCCUCAGGGGAACUAUGUCCUGGAGAGUGAUGUUCUGUUGCUGACCCAGCGGCCAGAGUAUGACGUAAUCCUGUGCUUCAGCGUUACCAAGUGGGUCCACCUGAACUGGGGAGAUGGCGGCCUGAAGCGCCUCUUCCACAGAGUGUUCAGACACCUGCGUCCUGGAGGCAUGUUCAUCCUGGAGCCACAGCCCUGGAUCACCUACGGCAAGAGGAAGAAACUCACGGUAAGAGAGGGGGGAGAGGAUUGGGCAGUUUUGUAAGGACCACCAAUUGUGUGAUCUUUUACAUUAGCUAAUGCACAUACAGUAUUAGCCAUAGUCAUGAUAGCCAAAACAUGCCCAAACAAGAACUCAAACCUUUAGCAAGUAGCCUGUUUCUUUGCAAAAUACAUAAUGAGGAUGUGCAGCUGUGCUCAGCUCUGGGGCAAUUCAGGACUCAAGAUGACAUAAUGUCUCCCUCUUUCAUACUGUUACAGGAUAGCAUCUUUAGGAAUUACCACAGCAUCCGCCUCAAACCAGAACAGUUCUCCACAUAUCUGACAUCUGAGGUGGGAUUCUCCAGCUACGAGUUGAUCGGGACGCCUAACAGUUCGUCAAGAGGUAAGUCACUAGUCGAUAGGUUACCGAUAUCCAUCUGAUUCUUUCUUUUGUCCUUUUCCAGUCUAGUAUAUUUUGUUUCUGAAACUAAUAGAUUUUAAUGUUUUCCGCAGGUUUUCAGAGGCCAAUCUACUUGUUUCAUAAAGGAACAUAAUCUGCCUGGAAGUACAUUGAGUGUGUUAAGUGACAGAAACCCAAACCACCAUGAGACACCUUCAUAUCUUAAUCUCCAGCCUGUAAGCAUAUCUCUCAACCCCAAGCAGACUCAGUCAGAGCUUUCUACAUGCCUGUACAUUGACGCUGUGUUGUUUUGAAGGUAAGGAGUCCAAAACAUGACAAUUGAUUCUAUAAAACGACAAUCUGAUGGCUUGUCUACCCACCAAACUCCACUCCAGAUGAUGAGAAGAGAAGCUUUGGGAAACUCAAUCAUGACUUUGGGUUUUUUGCUCCCCAUGCACAGGCAUUGUGUUCCAUAUUUUUUACUACUGUUUGUACUCUUGUUCAGUCAAGGACUGUAUUUUUCAGUUGGUUCAUCAAUAUAUCCAGCAUUUUAAGGAGAAUGGACAGGCGAAACCCAAUUUGAAGCCUUUACAUAAAGGUUGGGGUCCAAAUGGAACUCAUGUAGGAACAUUUCUCACACUUUUUAUAGGAUCAGUGUCUUCAUUUUAACAUAGGCCACAGAGGAACUCAUUUAGGACAAUCUGACUGACCAGGAAAAGCAGUUUGUUUGUGGAUGAGUGUGGCCUGUCUUCAGUCUGCUCCUGGUCUGGAUUGCAUUCCUUCCUGAUGUCCUACUUUGCGUCCAGGGACUGUUCCUGCCUCUUUGUAUUGGUAGCUGAUUCAAGAACAACUGUCAGUCAGGUGGAGUUGACUAUGGUGAGAGGAUGAUCAAUGUUUUUACUUUUGGCCAUAUAAGAAUGAUUUUAUUUGAUUGUACUCCUUUUCUGUUGAUUACUGUUUUUCUUACUUUUUUCUUUCAAUGGAUUCUUGUCAUGUGUUCAAUAUGAUUAGUUGCUGCCAACUAAUCAUAUGUAGCCUAUACAGGACCUCAGUGGUUUGUACUCAGAUUUGACUUUAAUUGUUAAUCCAGCUCACUUUAACCCAAAUCAAUUCAUCAUAAUGUAAUGUUGUUUACGCUUU